AUGGCUAUGCCACCUCCUUCAUCUUGGCGUCUCACAUCUAUGGGCAUGGACAGCCAGUUGUUAGACAGUCAGUUGGUAGACAGCCAGUUGGUAGACAGCCAGUUGGUAGACACACAAUUGGUAGACAGUCAGUUGGUAGACAACCAGUUGGUAGACAGUCAGUUGGUAGACAGCCAGUUGGUAGACAGCCAGUUGUUAGACAGCCAGUUGUUAGACAGCCAGUUGGUAGACAGUCAGUUGGUAGACAGCCAGUUGGUAGACAGUCAGUUGGUAGACAGCCAGUUGUUAGACAGCCAGUUGGUAGACAGCCAAUUGUUAGACAGCCAGUUGUUAGACAGUCAGUUGGUAGACAGCCAGUUGUUAGACAGCCAGUUGGUAGACAGUCAAUUGGUAGACAGUCAGUUGGUAGACAACCAGUUGGUAGACAGUCAGUUGGUAGACAGCCAGUUGGUAGACAGUCAGUUGGUAGACAGUCAGUUGGUAGACAGCCAGUUGUUAGACAACCAGUUGGUAGACAGUCAGUUGUUAGACAACCAGUUGUUAGACAGUCAGUUGUUAGACAGUCAGUUGGUAGACAGUCAAUUGGUAGACAGCCAGUUGGUAGACAGUCAGUUGGUAGACAGCCAGUUGGUAGACAGCCAGUUGGUAGACAGUCAGUUGGUAGACAGUCAGUUGGUAGACAGUCAAUUGGUAGACAGCCAGUUGGUAGACAGCCAGUUCGUAGACAGCCAGUUGGUAGACAGCCAGUUGGUAGACAGCCAGUUGGUAGACAGCCAGUUGGUAGACAGUCAGUUGGUAGACAACCAGUUGGUAGACAGCCAGUUGGUAGACAGCCAGUUGGUAGACAGUGGAGCGGAAUGCUAA